AUGGGCCUUUUGGAUAAGCUCCGGGCCCGUCCCCGCCGCAGUGCGGGGGCUGCGACUGAGUUCCAAACGCCGCCCCGCUCCAAAACAAUCCGCGGCCGCGAUCACACCAGGAAGCUGUCGCGCCCCGUGUUGGCCUAUAUUUUCGCCCUAGUCUGUCCACACACCGUCGAUGAAUCCUAUGAGACCUCCGAGGAGUCCAUGACCGAUGGCUGCAUGCUAUGUGACAUGCGCGACCUGGCGCACUGCGCUCAGGUCUGUAAGCGCUGGUUUAUAGAGGCACGCGCCCUGCUGUACCUGCAUGUCCGUAUCGACGCCGUCCACUACUGUGAACUCGAAGUCCAACUGGCCGCCAAACGAAAGCGCCGCUCAUUCUUUGAUCGCAACGGUGAACCCAUCGAUGCCCCGCAGGUCCGUCUCGAGCUCUUCAUGCGAACGGUCCGAGAGUCUCAGGGUCUCGCAAAUAUGGUUCUCUCUCUCCGAAUCCCCUAUAUGACUCGAGAGGCCAACAAAGCCAACCUUGCCCGUACCAUUUCCGUGCUUCCCCACCUCCGCUUUGUCGAUCUGCCGACCGGUCUCUUUAGUGAUGAGCCUUCGUGUGCCGCUCUGAAGCAAGAAUUGAAGGUUCGAUGUCCCGAUCUUCGCCACAUGGCCUACCGCCAUGGCUCCGAGGGGAGUUUCGCGCGUCUCCCAGGAUCUCAGCUAUGGGUGAAUUUGGAGAAGCUGGAACUGUCGGGCCUGCAAAUUGAACCCAGCAUCCUCCGUAAUGGCCUGGCGUCCUUUCCACACCUGCGCGAUCUCACGUUGGAUAAUCUCUCUUGGCUCGACGAUUCUGCAUUCUCCGUGAAUGGGCCCCUGCCACCCUUCCCCGCGGUAGAGCAACUCACCCUUCGCGAUACCCCUAAUGUCACGGCAAGCGGGCUUGCCUCAUUACUUUCUUCUCCAAACAAUCGCGCGGCACUGCAGUCUUUGACUCUCGGCGCAACCGGUGUGCUGCCGUCGGCAUUACACCAGCUUUUGGCGGCAGCUCCCCGGCUGCACAGUCUCUCCAUCAUCCAGGAGGUAUCGAGAUCGUUCCCGACGGAGCAGAUCCCUCCCAUGGCGUCCAAGUCAUUGCGUCUUUUACACUACGAGAUCACCUCUGAAACAGAAAGUCACGGACUGGCUUCCGUCGCAGGCUCUUUCUACACCUACCUUAUUUCAUCCCUGGUGUCCCACUCAUUUCCCGCACUGCGCGACCUCUAUGUUCGGGAUGCACAAUUCCCUGAUACUCUUCUUCUGGCACCGGCUCCCCGACUUUUCGGCGGUGAGAAUCGUCCGCAGAUGAGUGGAGGUGGCCUGUCCCAGCCCCUGAACGUGUACAGUAAGGGGCUGGACGAGCUCGAAUGGAACUUUACCCCGUACGACCCAGGCCCCGGGCCCGGCCAUCGCACGGGGAAUACCCGGCCCAUCAGUUUCCACGAUGCACAGUUGAGCCGAUCCUGGGGUGGAGAUGCACGUAAGAGCGUGCUCGUGGGGAACGGAUUUGGCGGGUUUCUUGCCGUGCCGGCAGAGGAGGACGAGCAGCCCCAAAGCAGUGGCGGAUACAGGCGGGCAAGUCGACAGGAUCUUUGGCGGUAA